AUGACUGCCUUCAGCUUUACCACCUCAGCGUUGGGACGAUACGUCACUGUGUUCAGACCAGGCCACAAGCAUCUGGUUCUUUGUGAGGUGAACAUCACUGCUGUCUUUGAUGGACCAACAAUAAAUUUGAGGAAGAAGGAAGCAUCACAGUCUUCAACCUUCCGUGAUGAUAACGGACCAUACACUGCUGACCGAGCCUUUGAUGGGGAUCCCUCCACAUGUUCUCACAGCGACAAUCAGAUAAACUCCUGGUGGAGAAUUGACCUUCAGGGGGUUUACAACAUUUCUUGUAUCUCUAUCUAUAAUAUUGAUCAGGCUGGCCGUGAGACUAACAUAACAGGUGCUAAGAUCUACAUCGGAAACUCUCUGCAGAACAACGGCACAAACAACAAACUGGUUCAAAACAUCUCCAACUUUCAAACAAACAAGUACAAUGUCUAUAAGCUUCAGUCAUCAGUUUUGGGGCGCUAUGUCACUGUGAUCAUACCCACAAAACCACAUAUGAUUAUUUGUGACAUACACAUCACUGGCAUACAGCUUGCAUCACCUUUUAAACUAAUUAAGAAAAAUAAGACCUGGGAAGAGGCCCUGUACUACUGCAGAGAUAACCACAGAGAUCUGGCCUCCAUCCUGGAUCAACAGAUGCAGGCCUUUGCUGAGCUGGAGGCUGAGAAGGCCAACAGUCCCUUCGUAUGGCUCGGCCUUCACUAUGCUUGCACUUUGGACCUUUGGUUCUGGGUUGAUGAUAAUGUUGUGCGUUUCAAACGCUGGGCUAACAUCCCCCCAGAGGAGGACUGUGACAUGAGUGGAGCCAUGAAGACACAGGGAGACCAUCUGUGGUUCAGCAAGUCUGAUUAUGAGGAGUUUAAUUUUAUCUGUUUGCUUUAGGAAGAUUUGAGACUUCUACAUGAUUGUAAUGUUAAUA